AAUCGUCUGAGAGGCAGAUCUAUCUAGCAAAUAGGGCCAACGGCCGAAGAAGCUAAAAAACUGAGGGAUGCGCACUUGUGACGCGCUUCCGGUGCUCUAAGAGAGGAAAAUGGCUGCGCCCCAGCAACAGGCUUCGGCGGCUUCCUCAGCUGGUGGUUUAUCCGGUCCGGGUUCGGCUGGUGGCCCGGGUCCCCAACAGCAGCAGCAACCGCCGGCACAGUUGGUGGGACCUGCCCAGAGCGGGCUCUUGCAACAACAGCAACAGGACUUUGAUCCUGUACAACGCUAUAAGAUGCUCAUCCCGCAGCUGAAGGAGAGUCUGCAGACCUUGAUGAAGGUCGCAGCCCAGAACCUGAUUCAGAACACUAAUGUUGAUAAUGGACAGAACAGCAGCGAUGUACCCAUACAGCGCUUUGACAAGUGCCUGGAGGAGUUCUACGCGCUCUGUGACCAGCUGGAGCUCUGCCUGCGCCUGGCACACGAGUGCCUGUCACAGAGCUGUGACAGUGCCAAGCAUUCUCCAACAUUAGUACCUACAGCCACGAAGCCCGACGCUGUGCAGCCUGAUAGCCUGCCAUACCCACAGUACCUGGCCGUCAUCAAAGCCCAGAUAUCUUGUGCCAAGGACAUUCACACCGCCCUGCUGGAAUGUGCCAACAAAGUCACAGAUGCACAAGUGAGCGUGACACGGAGCAGCUUCCCAUCACGAGCGCUGUCGACGUCAGGGACCAAAGUUCACCAGUUUCACUGCCCCGUAGCUGGGCCACAGAGGAACCACAUCCAGACACCGCUAACGUUUGUCAUGCACAUUCUGUCUCAGACACCCACGGAUAAAGCCCCGGAUGCAGAUGAAGCCUGAGCCACAGUAGUCUGG